AGGUCUUGGCGCUACAUUCCGUAGCUCAUAGUUUUACGCAAGAAGACUAGAACUAAGGAGGAUCAACUCGUGUGGUGGGGAACGAUAGAGCGACAACUAUAUAGAGCGACAGAGAGGACUAAUGAAGCGCAAGAGUGGGGGAAGUUAUCCGUCGCCACUUUUUGCCUCACCCCCACUACCGCUGUUGGCACCGAGUUGACCCUCCUUAGUUCUAGUCUUCUUGGUUUUACGUUACCUUUACAAAUUCAGAUGAACUUAAUAUACGGUUAUUACUAUUGUGACGAGAUCUGGCCGUAUCGACCUCCUUUUACAUUGUUUGGAGGCGGGAGCCAUUAAUUAAAGUAGAAGAAGCCUCCUUUGUUUACGCGCCAGUUUCCGCUCUCAUCUGUUUCUGUGCUCCACCUUACGUACGGUUCACAUGACUGUUUUUUUGCUCUGGCCGUAUUGACCUCCACAUUCUACAGGAGGCAGGAGCCAUAAACAAAGAAGAAGAAGAAGAAGCAGUGUUUUGUGGUUUUGUGGUUUUGUGGUUUUGUGGCUGUGAUCAGCUGUGACACAUUUCCUAACUUGAAUCGUGGUCGUCAAGUUUAACGAUUAAUAUCUCAAUUCGCGAGGCAGAGCUUUUUUUCAGCCAGAUUUAUUUAUUUCGUGCAAAAACUCGUCGAAUGAGCCUAAUUUCGUCAAAAUCUGUGAGGAAGACAGAAUUCUUGAUUAUUACCAAGAAUGCGUUGAUUGGUAUAUUUUUUAUUGAUUUUUGUGAUUGUGUGUGCCAAACUGAACAAAUACCCACACCUGAAUGAAGAGCGUUCUCUCAAGGAUUAGUCGGGCUAAACAAGUGGUCACGCGCCGCUAUUUAUGCCUGACGACAAUGGCUAAGAGCAAAUUCGAGUAUGUGAAGGAAUUCGAAAGAGACGACAACUGCUUGCCAAAUUGCUGGAUUGUGAUUAGAAUAGACGGCAGGAAUUUUUCGAGAUUUUGUAAUACGCACCAGUUCGUCAAACCGAAUGAUGUGGCCGCUCUUGACUUGAUGAAUCGUGCUGCUAUCACUGUUAUGGAGGACUUUAAAGAGAUCAUAUUGGGUUUUGGCCAGAGCGACGAAUAUUCGUUCGUGUUCCGGAAAGAUACACAACUUUACAAACGCAGAGCAUCAAAAUUGAUGUCUAAUGUGAAUUCAUUAUUUGCUUCGGCAUACGUUUAUCACUGGCCACGUUUCUUCAGAGGCAAAGAAUUGUAUUAUCCACCGUCAUUUGAUGCUCGUGUUAUAUUAUAUCCAACAGACAAGAAUUUAAGGGAUUAUCUAGCUUGGCGACAGGCUGAUGUACACAUCAAUAACUUAUAUAACACUUGUUUUUGGAAUCUUAUUUUGAAAGGAAAAUUAACUCCAAGUCAGGCUGAGGAAAAACUUAGGGGCACACUGGCAUCGCAUAAGAACGAGCUGCUUUUUCAAGAAUUUGGUUUAAACUAUAAUAAUGAACCGCCAUUGUUUCGAAAGGGUACAACACUUAUUCGGAAAUUGGUACCCGACAGUACAGAAAGAUUGAAACCUACCAUAGUUCCUUUAGUAGAUGAUAUUAUCGGUGACCGUUUUUGGAAAGAGAAUCCUGAAGUUAUUGGUUUGAAAAGUUUAGCAACUUAUCAACCACCAAGCUUAAUGAACAGCUUUAAGAGUACAAUACCCGUGCCUACUUUUUCUUCACCUAUUGUGGCAAAACUUGAGAACAACGUACCCUCAUCUUCACAAGUGAUAAAUUCAGUCAAGGAAGAAAUGCAUUCUAAUAGAAGCACAGAAACAAAUGGAAAUCAAAUGCAGUGUGAGAGUGAACACAUUUGUAAGAAAUAAGUUUGUACUUUGUUCUUUUGUACUUUAUACAAUAAAGUUGAAUUGGAACUAUCUAUACAUGAUAGUAACAGACUGUUUAUUGCAAGGGGAAAAAUCCUGAGAAAAUAGAAGAACACCAUAAAAGAUGAACGUCUUUUUAGUCUUUGA